AUGAGUGGCACGACUGCAAGUACGACUUCAGAUACGUCUAGUUGGACGAUCACAUCGAGCACCUCUAUUUCGACACUGUCAACGAAAACAUUGACUUCAUUCACGACUGUGAGCACCGCAUCGAAGACCUCCAGCACAACAGUAUCAACGAAAACAGGGACUUCCAGCUCCACUGGCACCUCCAGCACGACAGUGCUAACUGGAACAGAAACUUCUGCCACAACUCGGAGUGUGACUUCCGAGACGUCGAGCAAGUCAGAGUCAACGACAUCGGAGAUUUCCACUACGACUGCAAGCACGACCUCCAUGAGUGGCACGACUGCAAGUACGACUUCAGAUACGUCUAGUUGGACGGUCACAUCGAGCACCUCUAUUUCGACACUGUCAACGAAAACAUUGACUUCAUUCACGACUGUGAGCACCGCGUCGAAGACCUCCAGCACAACAGUAUCAACGAAAACAGGGACUUCCAGCUCCACUGGCACCUCCAGCACGACAGUGCUAACCGGAACAGAAACUUCGGCCACAACUCGGAGUGUGACUUCCGAGACGUCGAGCAAGUCAGAGUCAACGACAUCGGAGACUUCCACUACGACUGCAAGCACGACCUCCAUGAGUGGCACGACUGCAAGUAUGACUUCAGGUACAUCUAGCAGGACGGUCACAUCGAGCACACAGACGUCGAGCAAGUCAGUGUCAACGAACACUGAGUCUUACACCACGACUGCGACUAGGACAUCCGGUACGUCUGCAACGACUUUGAGCACGUCAUCCGAAACCUCAAUUUCUAGCACGACUGGGACUACAAUAACCGAUACCUCCAGCACCACGGGGACCACCCAGAGUUCCACCACCACUGGGACCACGACAACCAAGACCUCUACCACGACGGUGUCUGCAACCACCGACAGCUCUACUACGACACUACUACGACAGGGACCUCGCCAACAAGGACCUCUACCAAGACGGGAACUACCACGUCCAAGUCUUCAAGAACGACUGUGUCUACAACCACUGAGUCCUCUACAACCACUGAGAUUUCGACAAGCGAGACUUCCAGCAAGACCGGGACUAUGA